AUGGAUAAUGAGAAAGAUCAACACAUCAUGUUGGCUAAAGAAGCGAAACAAGGAGUUGCGCCCAAGGUGAGUUCUAUAGUAAAAGUGGAGAGCGAUGAUGUGAGUAUUCCACCAUGGCUAACACCAAUGCUUCGAGCUGACUACUUUGUGGCUUGUUCGAUGCACGCAGAAACGAGUAAGAGAGAAUGUAAUCGAUUUUGCUUGGAUUGCUCAGGCAAUGCCUUUUGCUUUUACUGUUGGGGUCAUCACAAAGACCAUCGAGUUAUCCAGAUUCGACGAUCGUCAUAUCAUAAUGUGGUGAAAGUGAGUGAGAUUCAAAGACAUAUUGAUAUCUCUUGUAUUCAGACAUAUGUUAUUAACAGUUCAAAGAUUUUCUUCUUGAACGUGAGACCUCAAUUUCGAAUUGGUAAAAGCUCGGACAAAACAUGUCAGAUUUGUUCUCGUACCCUCCUUGAUUCGUUCCGUUUCUGUUCUCUUGCUUGCAAGCUUGAUGGCGUCAAGAAUGGAGGUGAUCCAAACCUGACCUUCUCUUUGAUACGUAAGCUUGGUGAUGACUCUUUAAACGUCCAAAAUAUCGGGAUUUGUAAUCGUUUGGUCAACAGAAGCUUGGUAGAUGCCGAUGGCCAACGUAGCGAAACCGCGGCUGUGAUAUCUCCUGGGACACCUUCGACAGACAGCAACCGGGAUUACCCAAAGAAAAGGAGAAGAAAGGGCAUACCUCACCGAGCACCUUUCUGA